CAGAACAGUUUCUUGUUUUUCCUGGUUUUUUGGUGAGCAAUGCAUAAUUGCAUACAUAGGAUUUGAUGAUUUAAUUCUUGAAUGCAAAAGAUGGGAAAGGUUUGAUUUGCUCAAACUUCUCUACGAAUUACAUGGAACUCCCUCUCAUUUCCUCCUCCAUCCAUCUCCAUUCUUCUCCCUUCUUCCAAUUCCAUGGCAUUUCACAGUUUCCUUCUUCCCAACCUCUAACUCCAACCCAAUCUCCCCAAAUCAAGAAUCUUCUCUCAAUCUUCCGCCAACCCACCAAUCCGCCAUGGAAAUGCAGAUGGAACUGGGCAGUCAUUUUAUCUGUCAACCUUCCAAUCGAAUCAACUCCAAAGGCCUUUGGUCCGGAGACAACCCUCUUUCUUAUUCCCUUCCUCUCCUCCUCUUGCAGCUUUCCCUUGCCUCCAUUUUAACUCGCUUUCUCUCUUUCCUUCUCAAGCGCUUUGCUCAACCCUCCUUUGUUUCCCAGAUUCUUGCUGGGAUGAUAUUGGGACCUUCGGUUCUUGGCUCCUACUCAGUAUUUGCAAGCAGAGUUUUCCCAUUGAGUGGAAUAAAUGUAUUAGAAACUUUUUCUAUUUUUGGUCUCAUGAUUUGUAUCUUCCAAAUUGGAGUGAAGAUGGACCCAAUGGUCAUAAUGAAAUCGGGCAAAAAGGCAUUGGCUGUUGGAAUUUUAAGCUUUGUUCUUCCUAAUGCACUAGCUAGACUCACUACCUUUGCUCUCAAGCAUAAUCUCUCAUUGGACAAAGAGAUGUCGAAUGUGCUACCUCAUGUGGUGAUGCUACUGUCCAUGACUUCUUUUCCUGUGGUUGCUUGCUUUCUUGACGAGUUUGAGAUUCUUAACUCAGAGAUUGGUCGUCUGGCUUGUUCUUCUUCUAUGGUGUCUGAAAUAUGCUAUUGGUCUGUCAUGUCUUUUAAUUAUACCGUAACAUCGCUUGAGGAAAUGUCACCAGAAACUUUAGUUGGUUUUUUUCUCUCAAAUGGUCUACUUAUGUCUAUUAUCGUGUUUGGAAUACGUCCAGGAGCUCUUUGGAUAGUUCAAAAUAGCCCAGAAGGCAGACCUGUGAAGGAAAUUUAUAUAUUUGCAGUUUUUGUAGCAUUGCUGAUUUGUGGACUCUUGGGUGAGGUUACUGGUCUAACCGCUCUUUUCACAUCAUUUUUUCUGGGUUUGGUCAUUCCAGAUGGUCCACCCUUAGGAGCUGCACUAUCAGAUACGCUAGAUUGCUUUGGAUCAGUAUUGCUCAUGCCAGUAUUCUUCACUGCUUGUGGAUUAAGAAUGAAUGUUUUCUCUAUACAGAAUUUGGAGAAUGUGGGUGUUAUUCACCUGGUUGUUCUUGUGUCACUCUUUGGAAAGGUUGUGGGGAGCAUACUGCCUCCCCUUCUCUGUAGGAUGCCAUUUCGAGAUGCACUCACUCUCGGUCUUAUUAUGAACUGCAAAGGCACUAUUGAACUUGUAAUCUUGAUUAGCUGGAAAGUACACAAUGUCAUGAACGAUGAAAGCUUCACCAUUAUGAUUGUCUCUUUGAUCCUUGAAACAGGAUUUAUUUCACCUCUUGUCAAGGCCAUAUAUAAUCCUUCGAGGAAGUUCCUUGCUUGCAAACGGAGGACUAUCUUGCAUCUUAGAAAUGAUGAAGAACUUCGAAUACUCGCUUGCAUCCAUGGAUUAGAGAAUGCCCAGGCAAUUCUGGAUCUUAUUUUGGUAUCCAAUCCGACUCAUCAGAGCCCCAUUAAUUUGAUUGUCCUACAUCUUAUUAAGCUUGUAGGCCGUUCUUCUCCACUUUUAAUUGCUCACCAGCCUCGUGAAAGGUCGUUUUCAUACAAAACACUGUCAGAACAGAUAUUCAGUGCUUUUAGAAAGCUUGCAAAACAUUUUGGUGACCGUAUCAUAAUAAAUUGCUACAAAGGUAUUUCACCAUACACAACCAUGUACAAUGAUGUAUGCUCAUUAGCACUCGACAAGAGAACGAUCUUUAUCAUCAUCCCUUUCCAUAGGCAAGGUAUGGUUGGCGAAGGGUUAAAAUCUUCCCAUGCUAUAAGACAGCUAAACAAGAAUGUACUUGACAAAGCACCUUGCACUGUUGGAGUUUUAAUUGACAAUGGAACCAUCAGGUCUUCCCAUAAUUUUUCGCAUCUGGCACUCCAUCGAGUGGUAGUGCUCUUCUUUGGUGGCGCGGAUGAUCGAGAGGCAUUAGCAUUUGCAGCACGAGUGUCAGAACAGGAUAGAAUACUGGUCACUCUAUUCCAUUUCUCGUCUUCAAAAGAGAUUGUUGGGACUACAGCUAGAAGCAAGAUGCUUGAUACAAAGUUCUCGAGUGAGUUUAAGCUGAAAGCCUCUCAAAAUAACCGAAUAUCUUGCCAAGACAAGGUGGUCAUGGAUUGUAGGGAUUUGAUUUGUGUCCUCAAGUCUCUUGAAAAUGCUUAUGACCUUGUAAUGGUUGGAAGGCGACAUGCCGAAUCUUGGUUGAUGUCUGAUGUUAGGCAAUGGAAUAAAUGGCAGGGCGAUUUGGGGGCUGUGGGAGACUUUCUUGCUUCAUUCGAUCAUGAGAGCGGGACAUCCAUACUUGUGGUGCAGCAGCAGACAAGAUUAUGGGGACUGCGAGACCCCGAAGAGUCGAUGCAUCUGAGAAGAGUGAAAAUAUAAACAUUUUUCUGGGACAUUUAACAUGAUCUGCCAUGAAAUCUGACUUAUCUUGUUGCAUAGAGAUUAUCCCUCCAUCAGUAUAGUUCAAGAGUUGUGCCUCUACUUUUGGUUCACAGUUUCUCCCCUUCUUGAUAUGUUAAACAUAAUGCAGAGAACAUUUUAACUCCGAUUGGGAAAGAUGUUGGAAGUUAAAAACUUACAAUGUCAUUGAUCAACAUUUACUUUUUAUCUGGAUACAGACUCAAAAAGGUCAAAAUAUUACUAAGCAGAAUCUGAAUCAUCUGGCUGAUGUAUCCGUUCCAUAGAUACACCAUGAUCUAUCGAGGAAAACACCAUUGAUUUGCUAGGAAGAUCAGAUUCAUAAAUCAACGAAUGAUAUAUGUCAAAGGCUCCUCUUGACUUCAUCAAAGUCAUUUGAAGAAACAAGUUCAUCGACUGUCGGAAGUAAGGAUUACACAGUAUCGUGAUCGAGCGACAUCAUUGUAAUGAACUUUUUUCAUCUGGUUGCAGUUGCAGAGAGCAUCAGUGGCCAAGUUUAAGCAGAUAUGUUCCUUCUUCCUCUACAUGUAGUAAUGUUAAACUUAAAACCUGAACCAGGCCAUGACCAUGAUAUUGAAAUGUGCUGAAGACUCUGAACUGAGGCCAUGAUAUAUUAUUCUUGUUGAUUAAUGUAGUUUGGUUUUGUAGUUUUGUGUAUGGAAAACAUGGAGAAUUGAAGCAAUUUUGAUAAAGAUGUAAUUUUGUUGCUUUGGAAACUGUGAGAAAGAAGACCCUUGGUUGAAUUUGUGCUGAAGCUGUGCACGUUAAACAGGGAAGUAAGGGCAUGUCUUCAAUAUGGGGAAGACUCUCCCAUUUUCUCCGGGAAUUGAAGCCUCAAUCUAUAAACCCAGAUCCUCUUUGUCCUCAUCAAUGCUUUAUUUUUUUUACUACUGCAUUGGCUUCGGUUUUUUGGUUUUCGUUCAUUUUGG